CAGGAUAAACAAUUACGACUUGCCAGUGAACGUUUCGAGCAUGCGCAGGGAAAGUACACAACAAUGGCAGAAGACUCAGACAGAAAUCGUAUUUUAGCUGAUUUUCAGGCAUGUACAAACAUUGAAGACAUUGGUGAGUGCAUUGCAGUACUGGAACAAAAUGAAUGGAAUCUGCUGGGUGCCAUCAACAGUGUCAUGGCCCACCUUGGAUCCCAGGAACUGCCAUCAGAGGCUAGCUAUCCACCAUUAGAAGUCCAGGGUCAGGGUCUAGGAUCACCUGUAGACAGCCCUCCACCUGAUUAUCAAGUGUUCCAGCCCCAACCACAAGAGGAGCCAGGCUCUUGUGUAUUUAAUCCCCAUGCUAUGACCUCUGAUCGUGACAGCACGCCGCCAACCAGAAUGUUAACUUUUAAUGUGGAAUACAGGGAUAGGAAUAUUCCAGUGGUGCUUCCGGAUACAGAAAAAGUUGAGACAAUCAAACAGGUACUUCAUGGUCAGAUAGGGAAUAUCCCCAUAGAGAAGAUGGUUCUUAGAGGAUUUCCUAACAAACAUGCUGAAGAUUAUACCAUGCUGAGGCUCCUUAACCUGCCACAAGAGACCACCCUGUACUUGUUGACACCAGGAUUGUAUUCUCAUAUGGGAGACACAAACAACUCUCAGUCAGCUGAGAGCUCAAAUAUUUUGGAAAGGUUAUCACAAAAUUUCACAUUAAACAUAAGAUUCAGAGACAAGGAUACCACUUAUAAGCUUAAUUUCCCUGGCAGUAGGACAGUGAAAGAGGUUAAGAAUGAUGUAGGUGAUGUAAUAGAUGUCCCAGUAAGACUUCAGAAGUGGACAGGAUGGCCAGACUCUGCCAGUGAUGAAACUAUGACAUUAGCUGGUUGUGGUGUAGGUUUCCCAUGUCAUAAUUUAGAAGUGUCUAGAACCCAGAGAGAACCUGCAAGAUUGCGGCAUCUGCCAAUGGAUGUAGCAAUGGAUGUCGGUAGCAGUGAAGAUGAUUUUGAAGAUGCUCACGAGUCCCUACCAAUGGAUGAUGAUGACAUUUAUGAUGAAGAUGUACCAAUGUCUAGGAAACUGGUGCCUUUAAUGCCAGAUGAUGUAGGUGAUGAAGUUGCAGCAUUAGAACACUUUAGCAGAGUAUUUGCAGAAAGAUAUGGAGAUAUACAUCCUGUAUUUUUCAUAGGGAAAUUAGAAGAUGCAAUAAAGGAGGCUUUAGCUUGUAAGGCAAAAGAUAGAAAGCUUCUGGCUAUUUACCUUCACCAUGACAGCAGUAUUCUGGCAAAUGUUUUCUGCUCCCAGAUUUUGUGUUCAGAGAGUGUGGUCAGCUUUUUAAGUAAUAACUUUAUUACCUGGGCUUGGGAUUUAACAUCGGAGGCCAAUAAAGCAAAGUGUUUAACCAUGUGCACAAGGGAGUUUGGCAGCAUGGCUGCACAGACUGUACGGGAUUUCAAGACAGAUAAUUUGCCACUUUUAUUACUUAUUACAAGAACACGAUCAACAAAUGAAGUAGUAAAUGUAAUACAAGGGAUAGCUUCACUAGAUGAACUAAUGACUAAUCUCAUAAACGCUGUAGAUGUCUUCACAGAGCAACAGAGGGCAGAUGUUUUAGAGGAGGAAGAAAGAGAUGCCCGAGAAAGAGUGAAAUUUGAGCAGGACAAGGCAUAUGAAGAAUCUUUAGCUGCUGAUAGAGCAAAAGAGGAAUCUAAAAGGCUAGAGCAAGAAAAAAGAUUUCAAGAAGAAACAGAGAAGGAAAAGAAAAAGUUGGAAGAAAGAUUACAAAGAGAGCAGGAAGAGGCUGAAAAAGAGGCUAUCCAACAAUCUUUAGCAGACCAGCUACCAGAUGAACCUCCAGCUGAUAGCAAAGAACCAAUCAGUAUACUAAGAAUCAGAAUACCUGGUGGGGAGUUUAUUACAAGGAGAUUUCUUGCCAAGCACCCCUUACAGAUUCUAUUGAACUUUAUUACAUCCAAGGGCUACCAUAUGGAAGAAUACAAGGUGCUAACAACGUAUCCAAGGAGAGAUAUAUCAACACAAGAUCCAGAGAAGUCCUUAGAGGAACUCAAACUUUUCCCACAAGAAACAUUAAUGUUAGAGGAAAAGACAGUGGAAUAACAUUGCCCAGUGACCAUGUUACUGUGAUAGGUUUUGAUCCAAGUGUCAUAAAAGGCAAAACAGGUGCUAUUUGGCGCACAUACUGUGGAUAGAAAUUCUCUUAAAGUGACAAAAUGGUCUAGUCUGGACCCUGGUAUAAUACUGAAGAUGCAUUAUAUGUACUGUAUAGUCCAAAUACACUUGACUCUGUACUCUAGCAGAUAAUAUUUAUUACUAUUGCCUGAUGCUCUUGCUGUCUUGACUGUUUUCUUAUUUGGUCAAUGGUAAAUUUUUUAAUGGAAAAUUAAAGAAAAAAAAUAUUGCUUUUUAUUUUAAAUAUACAAUUUAUAUAACAUGAAAUUGUGAAAAAUAUAAUCAGUUCAGUGACAGCAGAAUUCCACUUUUAACAGAAAACAUGUAAAAGAAAAGUCAGCUUUCACAAAUGUUGCCUUGUAAACAGAGAAAUAAAAUUUAUGAUGCUGACAGUGUUUUGAUACGAUUUAUAGCAACUAAAAAAGGAUUGCCAUGAUUGCAACUGGUAGAUUUUGAUGAUCUUUGACAGGAGUCGAAACUUGAACAUAACAGCUUCUGAGCCCAAAUAAUUGGUGUUCUUCUGUAGCAAAGGUUGUAGUUUAUUUAUUUGAGCUGUCUCAUCUCUGCUCAAGGGCUCAGUAAAUUUUCAGUGGGACCAUUAUCAAGUAAUAAAAGGCAGGAACACUUGAAUUUUGAAAAUUCCCCAUUCACAAAUUAAUGAAAAGGAAAGGUAGAAAGGUUAACUUGAAUAGAACAGCUUAUAUUUCAUUAUAAGUGAAAAAUGGUAAUAGUGAUCACAUUCACCCACAAGGUGGUAAUAGUAGAGCAUGUCUCUGUGUUAAAAAUUCACAAUGAUUCUUGUACACAGUAUCAUCUUAAUUUUGUUUAUCCCAUUUUAACCUUGAUUAAUCCUUAUAUCAUUCAUAACUUUUAAUUUUGUUACAACUAUACUGUUUUUUGUUUGGAAUUUGAAUGCCCUUCCCUUUUGUAUUGUUGAUACUUUUGGCCGCAAAUUACUAUUUUGUGUACUUGAUAUGCCAAUAGUUAUUCUUUUCUAUAGAAACCACUGACAGUGCAAUAUCUACCACUAACAGUAUACUUGUACUAAAACUUUAUAUUACGCCUAAAUAGCAAUUUAAGGAAGACUGCAGUAAAAUGAGAUGUUGGUGAUCACUUUGCACUUGUUCAUCCUGCAAUUCCAAGUUUUUGACUCGAUUUGUACCAGCAUAGAAAUAGUUGUUGAAGGUACAGGUAUGCCAUUUUUAACUCCAUGUGUUCUGUAUUUAUUUUCCCUGCCUACAAAAGGUAUUCAUCUCUGAGCAUCAAGAAACAAUUACAAGCCAAUAGAAUUUUACCCAUAGUGUGUGACGUACAUAUUUAAAAAAUGCUAUUUGACAGAAGUUGUUAAGUAUCUGAUCCUCGAGGUGAAUCACAUCUGUGCUCACGGAAUUAAAUCAGGUCAACGUAGAUGUACCCUAAAUUGUAAUAUACAGUUAAUAUUAUAGUAUUCAGUUUUCUAGAUACUGCAGGUUCAUGGUAUUCUUCAACUGAGAUAUACCAGAAAGCCACUCACCACUGCGACUUUAUAAGAGUUACUGCAAGGGUUGGAUUGUUUAAUACACAAGGGCCCUUUAAAAAUAAAUGUUGUUUCUGUUAUAGAAAAUUCUGGUGUUACAAUUGCGAUUAUUGUAUUUAUGUGAACUAUGAAUAAAAGCUGGAUUGGCUUUAUGAUUGAA